AAACUUUUCUCUUUGCAUUUAUUGAGUCUCUCUUUUGGACCCGAUCCCAUUCAACUCAUCUUCACAGAUGUCUCAACCUCUUUCUCCUCUGUCCACUCUUCUUCUCUUUCCUCCUUCCUUGAUCACAAGGUUGUUUGUCUCAACCUCAUUUUGUUGAGUCAUUAACCCCCUCUGGACAGAUUCCAGACUUAUAAGUUAUUGCACCGACACAACGUUGAAUAGGUUUUUGAUCAUACAAUGUCUGGAGACUCUCUGCUCGCUUCCAAACAAGGAAGUUCUUUGUCCAGAUUCUUUCAGACCAAAUCAGUUAAUCACUCGCAGGGUCUUGAUUCUCCCAAGAACACCAAGUUUCACCAACUUUACAAGUUCGAACUCGAGCAUGAUGUGAAGAGAUUAAAAGAUCAACUGCAAAAAGAGACUGCACUUCGCACUCUAUUGCUGAAAGCUUCUGAUCAAAGCCACAAGAUUGAGCUGUCUCACACUUCUUCUCUUCCACGUGGUGUUCAAGAACUUCUCUCCAGUAUAGUAACUAUGGAAGCUACAGUCACUAUGCUCGAAGAAGAGAUCAUGUCUCUGCACUUCUUGCUGAUUCAAGAACGGAACGAGAGGAAACUCGCCGAAUACAGCCUCACACAUUCUCUGUCUCCACCUAAUGCUACAGAUUUGGUUAGACUUUCCAAAAAGAAAGAAAUAUUACGCCGCAAAGAUCCUCACAGAAGCAAAGUGCCUAGGUCUUUGCAAAGCUGUGAUAACGCUAAUGAGCUAUCCAAGGAGAUGAUAAGAUGCAUGAGAAACAUAUUUGUAUCUCUCGGAGAGACAUCUGCUGGUUCCAAAUCCUCGCAAGAGAUUGUUCCUUUCUCACCUACUCGCAAGAAUGCUUCAUCAUCAUCAACAUGGUGGUCGCCUUCAGAACACUCGCGGAUCUCCAAGUGGGUACAGAGCCCACGGAUCGAUAUCAAGAAGAACUCAGAUGUUUUAGCAACAGAGAGCAACGUGUUUGAUCCGUAUAGAGUCCAGGGAAAGCUGAGCUGGGCUGAUAUAGGAAGCUACAGAUCCGCAACUGAAGUGACUUCCAUGUCUGUUGAGGAGAAACGGCUUGGUUAUGCUUCAGAUGAGUUAUGGAGAUUCAGACACCUUGUCGAAAGACUUGCCAGAGUCAAUCCAACAGAACUAAGCCACAACGAGAAGCUCGCCUUCUGGAUCAACAUAUACAAUGCCUUGAUCAUGCAUGCAUACUUGGCUUAUGGCGUACCCAAAACCGACUUGAAGCUCUUCUCCUUGAUGCAAAAGGCUGCUUAUACAGUUGGUGGGCAUUCAUACAACGCAGCAACGAUCGAAUUCAUGACUCUGAAGAUGAACCCUCCUCUGCAUCGACCUCAGAUUGCUCUGCUCCUCUCCAUUCUCAAGCUGAAAGUAUCAGAAGAACAGAAACAGGCGGGGAUAGAUACACAUGAGCCUCUAGUGUCGUUCGCUCUCAGCUGCGGAAUGCACUCAUCCCCAGCGGUGAGGAUAUACUCAGCGGAGAACGUAGGAGAGGAGCUUGAAGAUGCUCAGAAAGAUUAUAUCCAGGCGUCAGUGGGAGUGAGCCCCAGGGGGAAGUUGAUUGUAUCCAAGAUGCUUCACUGUUUUGCUAAGAACUUUGUCGAUGACUCCAAGGUUGCUCUGUGGAUCUCACGGCACUUGCCUCCUCGCCACGCUGCGUUCGUUGAGCAGUGUAUUCACCGGAGACAACGGUGGGGGUUUCUGGAUUCAUCUAGUAGCAAAUGCGGAGUUAUUCCUUUUGAUUCACGGUUUCGGUAUUUGUUCCUUCCGUAAUGAUGGAAGCACACAAUUGUUACUGUUGUUAGGGUUUAGGGUCUAUGGCUAUUUAGGUGAUUCUAAUAAACAAAUUAAUGGAUUCAGAACUGCUAAACGAAAUAAGAAAGAUGAAACACAAA